AUGGCACUUUUGGGAGGAAAUCUAGGAUUCUCAAAUCCAACGAAAGAGCUACUGGGGGAGGCUUUGCAUCUGUACGGAAAAGAUGCUCAUGUCUCGUCAGUAAUAAGCCUAGGUCUCGGACGACCGCCCCCAAUGGCAUUUCCAACGGCCGAGGUUCAUCAACAAGAACAAUGGAACAAGUUCUUGCUUCAGAUUGUCACAGAUGGCGAGACAGUAUCUCGCGAAUUGCUCGCUCGGGUCUAUCAUUUAGGCAUAUACUUCCGGUUCUCUACGCCAAACACCUCUUUUGGACCUCAUACAGACUAUGGUACUCAUGGGAACUCGGAUUUCUUGGUGGAAGAUAUCCAUACUUAUAUUGCCGAUUCUUCGCCAAACUUGGAUCACUGUGUCUCGGUCUUGAAAAACUCUCUAGGUGUGGUCACUCUCGACCAGCUAAGGAAAACCCCUGGAAGGCCUUGGUGGAUGGACUGUUAUCCCCACCUCAAUAUGGAGUCGCACAUGAACAAAGAAUUAUGGUCAUAUCCGGUAUGGGUGGAUGUGGAAAGACUCAGUUGGCACUUAAAUUUGCCCAUGAGCACCAAGAAAAGUGAACCAAUUCUAUACUCCGAAGCGAAUAUCAAGGCCGACCUAGUCGCCAACGUUCGUUCGCUGGGUGCAGAGUACUCUCAAGAGAGCUUCGAAGGAGCAAUGGGGCUCUUGCAAGGAUUAUUCAACGACUGGCUACUCAUUUACGAUAAUGUAGAUGACCCUUCGUUGGAUUUAGCAGAUCUCCUUCCACAGUGUACCCAUGGCUCGAUUAUUAUCACGACACGAAAUCCAUCUCUAGGAGAUCUAUCCUCUUCGACACCCCUGGAGAUGGACGUCAUGUCCGAGGAAGAAGCAGUGGCCGCUCUUCUCAGUGCCGCAAUUCCCAAACCUAAAAAGCCGACCAUGGACGAAGUUGCAAUGUCGAUUCGCAUCGUCGAAGAGCUGGGGUACUUGCCGGUAGCGAUCAUACAAGCCGGUAGUCUCAUUCGCCAACGCAAAUGCUUUCCCGACUACCUCAACCGCCUGCGAGCCAAUCGAUUGAAGCUCCUCCAGACGCCUGCCACUGCUCAGCGCGAUAGGCACUCGCAUAGCGUCUAUGCCACUUUAGAGACCACAAAGCUUGUACUACCUUUCCACGUUAUACAACUCCUUCACCUACUUUCAUACUAUCACCACAGUAAUAUCCUGGUCAAUGGUAUGACCUUGGCCGCUGAAAGAUCUUUCCUUCAUCAAACUUUCAACUUUUUGGAGCGCCCAUUAUCCUUUGAGCAGUCCAUCUCCCUUCUUAAGGAGAUAUUUUGGACUUUUGGAUUGUGGGAUUCGGAAGAAUUUGACGACAAUCUGCUAAUUCUUCAAAAAUACUCCCUCAUCACAACCGUUCGAAAUGAAGACAAAUUGAUCGUUCGCCUUCAUCCGCUAACGCAAGCCUGGGCAAGGGACACGUUGGAAGCGGGAAAGACAAAGCUUUAUGAAGAAGCGGCUAUCAGA